GUGAACUUGUGACUGUCUCAAGAUUAAGUUCCCCCUCGUAAAACAGUAAAAAAACCGCGUCGCCAGCUAAACAGUUAUGGGGAGAAAACCACAGUACACCAACGAGAAAAGAACACCGACACUCCAACUCACCCUCCUCACCAAUAAAAGCACGCUUCCCAAUGACUCCAUUAAUCCGCAAUCUUUAUUCCCCUCCAUUCUCCAUCCGACGGCUCCGCCCAUUCCUCCUCCCCCAAAUCUCAAUCUCCUCCGUCCGAUCAGAUCCACUCUUUCAUUAUCCCCCAGUCGUCCUCGUCAUCCACUCAGAUCUGAGACCGAGGCCUCACACUGCUCGGGGGGGGAGGUUUCCAUAGCAAUAUUCCCGUUCUGCCCCUGAAAUGGUGGAAGCGCAGACAUGGACGACGCGUCGUAUGAGCAACCCCCGGCUGGACAGCACCACCACCUCCUCCUCCCCCGACCUCGCCGUCGACAUCCCCGCGACUCCCCCAGGCGACGUCCGCAACGGCACUAGCUACAACAACUACGGAUCGUUCCUCUCCCCGACUCUAUCCACGGCGGCCAUCAUCGCCUCCUGGUACUUGUCCAACAUCGGAGUCCUCCUCCUGAACAAGUACCUCCUCAGCUACUACGGCUACCGCUACCCUAUCUUCCUCACAAUGCUCCACAUGAUCUCGUGCGCCGUCUACAGCUACGUGGCCAUCCACUUCCUCGAGCUCGUGCCACGCCAGCACAUCGUCUCCCGCCGCCAGUUCUUCAAGAUCCUCGCCCUCAGCGCCAUCUUCUGCUUCUCCGUCGUCUGCGGCAACACCUCCCUCCGCUACCUCCCGGUCUCGUUCAACCAGGCCAUCGGCGCCACCACGCCGUUCUUCACUGCGAUUUUCGCUUGCAUAAUCACCUGUAAGAAGGAAUCCGCCGAAGUUUACGGCGCCCUACUCCCCGUAGUGUUCGGAAUCGUCCUGGCCAGCAACAGCGAGCCGCUGUUCCAUCUUUUCGGGUUUCUGGUCUGCGUCGGGUCGACGGCCGGCCGGGCGUUGAAGUCCGUGGUGCAGGGGAUUUUGCUGACCAACGACUCCGAGAAGCUCCACUCGAUGAACUUGCUGCUCUACAUGGCGCCGAUGGCGGCCUGCAUUUUGCUGCCGUUUACUCUCUACAUCGAGGGCAACGUGGCGGCGAAGACGAUAGAGAAGGCGAGGGACCCGUACAUUGUGUUCUUGUUGCUCGGGAACGCCACCGUGGCCUACCUGGUCAACUUGACCAAUUUCUUGGUGACCAAGCACACAAGCGCGUUGACGCUGCAGGUGCUUGGAAAUGCCAAGGCGGCCGUGGCGGCCGUGGUGUCGGUUUUGAUAUUCCGGAACCCCGUGACGGUGAUGGGGAUGACCGGGUUCGCGGUGACCAUCAUGGGCGUGGUGCUUUACAGCGAGGCCAAGAAGAGAUCCAAAGUUACAACUCAUUGACACAAAGAAAGAAUAAAGAUUUUUCACACAUUCAUUUUGACUCUACCACCAGAAAUUCGGGAAGAGAAAUUGGAUCAAAGUAAGAUGCGAAUGGGAGUGUAUAGGAUGGUGGAGAAAGGGAGAAAAGAUAUGCUCUUUGUCUGCUUUUUUUUCUUUUAAUUGUUGUUGAUAGGGUAUAGCAGAGAAUAUGUAUGUUUUCUCUUUCACUUUACCCCGUGUGUAACUUUAUGAAAUACCCUGCAAUUGGACUCAUACAAUUCUGAUAUCAAUCUUAGUGUACUUUGUUGGGGAGGAAAAUAUCUCUUCCAAUUCAAUUUUAAGAACUCAA